AUGAACUUUUUCAAGACGAAACAAAAGACGCCAACAGAGCUUGUCAGGGCUCUGCGCGAUGCCGUCGUCAAACUGGACGCGACAACACCAGGGGGCGACACUCGUCGUAGGGUCUCUGCCGCUUUCCUUGGACUUCUUCGUGCACAGGCUGGUGAGGAUAUUACGAAAUAUCUACAAUCAAUAAAGCAGAUCCUCGUGGGCGAUGGAGAUCCACAGCCAGAACUCGUCGCCCAACUCGCCCAGGAAGCCUACAAUACCGACCUCUUGAACCAUCUCGUCACCCACAUUUCCAGAUUCGAAUUUGAAUCCAGAAAGGACGUCGCUCAAAUCUUCUCCCUCUUACUGCGACGGCAGAUUGGCUCUCGAUUUCCCACCGUCGAGUUUAUCACCUCCAAGCCCGAUGUCAUUUUUGCCGCUCUCAGAGGAUACGAAAAUGAGGAAAUCGCUCUAAAUACGAGUAUGAUUCUCAAAGAGAUGCUCAAGCACGAGCCGCUCGCCAAGAUUCUUCUCUAUUCGGACGACUUCUAUCAAUUUAACGUCUAUAUUGAGAAUGCAACAUUUAGCGUCUCGUGCGACGCGUUUGCCAACCUCAAGGAAACGCUCACACGGCAUAAACCCAUGGUCGCCACCUAUCUCGAUUCUAAUUAUGACAGGUUCUUUGCGUCGUACACUGCCCUCGUCUUGUCCAAGAAUUAUGUCACCAAGCGGCAAAGUUUGAAGCUGUUGGGAGAGAUUUUGCUCGACCGGGCCAAUUUCACCGUAAUGACCAGAUACAUUGCGAGCGAGGCAAAUCUCAAGAUGAUGAUGAAUAUGCUGAGGGACAAGAGUCGCAAUAUUCAAUUCGAGGCGUUUCACGUCUUCAAAGUGUUUGUAGCAAACCCCAAGAAGCCGCCUCAGAUUGAAUCGAUUCUCCGUCGAAACAAGGAAAAGCUACUGGCGUUUCUCAAAGAUUUCCACAAUGACAAGGACGAUGAACAAUUCACAGAUGAGAAACAGUUUUUGAUCGCACAAAUCCAGGGACUCUGA